AUGGACAAUAAAACUUUUGUCUCUGAUUCGCUUAUCCGUCUGACCGGCGCAUCAGACCCGACUGUCAUCGAUUUCGUCCUCGCCACCGCCAGCUCAUCAAAAUCAGCCUCCUCCCUCCAAGACACACUGGUAUCCUUCCUCGACAGCCCAGAAACUAGCUCAUCUGAUAUCAGUGCAUUCGCUCGAGAGCUCCAUGGCCGUCUGGGCAAGGGCGCACAGCCCAGCGCGUCAUCCUCCAAGCCCGCACCUUCAAAGGAGUCCUCGAAAAAGAAGUACCGCAUGUUGGACAUGGCCGAAGACCAGCCGGAUCUGUCUACUUCACUAGGACCUACAAACGUCGAGGCAGAUCGAGAGCGACGGAGGAGACGGGACCGAGACAUGGACAAUGACCUCGAUAGGAGCAGGGGGAAGCGAGACUCUGAACGAAGCCGCGCAGACAAGGAUGACAGCCGGAAGCGGGAUCGUAGUCGAGAUGCAGAGGGUCGGGAUCGGCCGCGCACGAAGAAGCUACGUAAGAAGGAUGAUGACUUUGAGGACCGAUGGGGUGAUGAGGAGAUCCCGGACGAUGAGAUGUACCCCGAAGAAGAAUUUGAAGAAUCUACCCCGAAGCGCACACGACUCGACGACGGCUCUGCUUCCCCCGCCCUGCAUCUCCCGCCGAAGAGGGAGGAGAUUGAUCGCCAAAAAGACCUCCGUGAACGAGACGAGUUCGCGAAGCGAUUGGCCAACAAGGAUAGCAGCAAGACGAAGAAGAUUGUCGAAGAUCGAACGCGCGAUGGUGAGGCUGCACGGAGACGUGCGCUGGGUGAUGAUGCUAGUGCGAGGGCCGAGAUGAUGCCCGAUCUGCGCGAGAGAUCUCGACAGGAGUACUUGAAAAAGCGUGAGACUGAGCGAUUAGCGUUAUUGCGACGACAGGUUAUAGAGGAAGCCACGGAACUGCGCGAGAACCCGAAUCUCUCUCGAAGGGAGAAAGAGGAAUUUGCGCGCAAUCGUGAAGUCCUUCGUAUUGCUGAAGAACGGCUUCGGAUCGAUGACCAUCGCGAUGGUUACAUGAUGCCCGACGACUAUAUCACCGAGAAGGGCAAGAUUGAUCGGAAGAAGAAAGAAGAUGCUCUGUACAAACGAUACGUCGAGCGCGACGAAUUGGGUCAGGAGCGGCAUGUCACCGAGCACGAGGAAUGGGAGUUGGAGCAGUCAGCCAAGGCCAAGGCACAGAUUAAGAAGGCCGAGUUUGUUGACGAGGGAGAUUACGAGUAUGUCUUCGAUGAUUCUCAGCAAAUCAACUUUGUCAUGGACGCGAAGCUCGAGGGCACGCAAAAGCCAAUGACAAAGGAACAGUUGCGAUUCAAGGAACAGGUCGACGAAGCAGAGAAAAAGGCUUUAUCGAUGGAGGAAACCCGCAAGAGUCUGCCGAUCUACCAGUUCCGUGACCAGAUCAUCCAGGCUGUACAGGACCACCAGGUUCUGAUCAUCGUUGGUGAAACAGGUUCCGGAAAGACAACUCAAAUCCCCCAAUAUCUCCAUGAGGCUGGAUAUACCAAGGAUGGAAUGAAGAUUGGCUGUACUCAACCACGUCGGGUGGCUGCCAUGAGUGUUGCAGCUCGUGUGGCCGAGGAAAUGGGCACCAAGAUCGGAAAUGAGGUCGGAUAUGCCAUUCGAUUCGAAGAUAACACAAGCGACAAGACAGUCCUGAAGUAUAUGACUGACGGAAUGUUGCUGCGAGAACUGUUGACAGAGCCGGACCUGAGCCAAUACUCCGCGCUGAUGAUUGAUGAGGCCCACGAACGGACUGUACCUACAGACAUUGCUUGUGGUUUGCUCAAAGAUAUUGCCAAGGCACGACCUGAUCUGAAGUUGCUGAUUUCCUCGGCGACGAUGGACGCUCAGAAAUUCCAAAAGUAUUUCGAUGAUGCGCCUAUUUUCAACAUCCCCGGUCGUCGAUACCCAGUCGACGUACACUACACUUCACAGCCAGAGGCCAACUAUCUCGCCGCGGCCAUCACUACAGUUUUCCAGAUUCACGUUUCUCAAGGCCCAGGAGAUAUCCUAGUGUUCCUGACGGGUCAAGAAGAAAUCGAAGCAGCCGAGCAAAGUUUACAAGAAACGGCUCGAAAACUAGGGAGCAAAAUACCGGAGAUGAUCAUUGCUCCUAUUUACGCCAACCUGCCAUCAGAGCUACAGACUAAGAUCUUUGAGCCUACGCCACCCAAAGCGCGCAAGGUGGUGCUUGCGACUAACAUCGCCGAGACCAGUUUGACUAUUGAUGGUAUUGUCUACGUGAUUGAUCCUGGUUUCGUGAAAGAAAACGUAUUCAACCCACGCACCGGUAUGGAAAGCUUGGUGGUGACGCCCUGUUCGCGGGCGUCGGCUAACCAGCGUGCUGGUCGUGCCGGUCGUGUUGGGCCUGGCAAAUGCUUCCGUCUCUAUACCAAGUGGGCGUACUACAACGAACUUGAGGAGAACACCACCCCAGAGAUCCAACGUACCAAUCUGAACGGAGUUAUUCUCAUGCUCAAGUCUCUGGGUAUUGACCAAUUGCUCGACUUCGACUUCAUGGACCCGCCGCCUGCUGAGACGAUCAUUCGAGCUCUGGAAAUGCUGUACGCACUCGGAGCACUCAACGACCGAGGCGACCUGACCAAGGUUGGCCGCCAGAUGGCUGAGUUCCCCACAGACCCAAUGCUCGCCAAGGCAAUCCUUGCAUCCGACAAGUACGGGUGUGUGGAAGAGGUUCUCUCAAUCAUCGCAAUGCUGGGCGAGUCCAGCGCGCUCUUCUUCCGACCCAAGGAUAAGAAGAUCCACGCCGACAGCGCUCGCAACCGCUUCACCAUCAAAGAGGGUGGCGACCACCUCACUCUUCUCAACAUCUGGAACCAAUGGGUCGACUCAGACUUUAGUUUCAUCUGGGCCAAGGAAAACUUCCUCCAGCAGCGAAGUCUGACACGAGCUCGCGACGUGCGCGAUCAGUUAGCGAAACUGUGUGACCGUGUCGAAGUGACCAUCAGCACCUGCGGCUCUACCAAUAUCCAGCCCAUUCAGAAGGCCAUCACAUCCGGCUUCUUCCCCAACGCAGCGCGACUUCAGCGCGGUGGUGAUAGCUACCGGACCAUAAAGAAUGGGCAGUCAGUGUACUUGCAUCCAUCUAGUACCCUGAUGGAGGUGAACCCACGCUGGGUAAUCUACUUUGAGCUGGUUCUUACCAGCAAGGAGUAUAUGCGCAGCAACAUGCCCUUACAGGCAGAGUGGCUCGUUGAAGUUGCGCCGCAUUAUUAUAAGAAGAAGGAUUUGGAGAGUCUGGGCUUAGAAAAGAAGAUGGGCAAGGGACAAGGAGCUGUUGGAGAGAAGAGUCGAGAGUAA